GGACAACGCAUGAAUCCACAAUCAACGUCUCAGGUCGAUAAGAGUAACCCCAUAUGUAGCAGCAUCGCAGAGAAUCCAUCUAAUUCCAACCAAUCACUCGAAUAUGUUUUAAUACAUCGGGCAAUGACCAGGGUAAUACAGAUCUCCUCGUCUGCGUUUCCGGACAUCAUCACAAAAUCGCCGAAUAGUUCAAACCAUCUGUUUCGCUUCUGUUAGCGACAAACAUCAAUAUGUCCGAUGUCAAGUUGCCUGAGCCUUUUGCAAGCAUCCCGCGGGAGUCGUUCCUGUUCGGACCAUCCCCGAUUCAAGCUCUACCCCGGAUAUCUGAAGCACUGGGUGGAAAAGUAAACGUAUAUGCGAAGCGUGAGGACUGCAAUUCUGGCCUGGCAUAUGGAGGAAACAAGACACGAAAACUUGAGUACCUCGCAUCUGAGGCUUUAGCUCAGGGAUGUGACACUUUGGUUAGCAUUGGUGGGGUCCAGUCCAACCACACACGCCAAGUAGCUGCCGUAGCAGCUAAGCUAGGCCUACAAUCGGCUCUGGUCCAGGAGAAAUGGGUCGACUACGAAGACCCCGGCUACACCAAAGUCGGCAACAUCCAGUUAGCGCGGAUCAUGGGCGCUGACUCCCGCCUUGAUCCGUCUUCCUUUGGCAUAGAGCACAAGGAUACACUUAAGAACUUGGACAGAGAGCUGAAGGACGCCGGUCGCAAGCCAUACUACAUCCCGGCUGGAGCCUCUGAUCACCCCUUGGGCGGACUCGGCUUCGCCCGAUGGGCCUUUGAAGUGGAGGAGCAGGAGAAGGCCAUGGGCGUCUUCUUCGACACUGUUAUUGUAUGUGCCGUUACCGGAUCUACUAUGGCUGGAAUGGUGGCCGGUUUUAAGCUGGCAGAGAAGCAGGGCUCGCGGAAACGCAGGGUGGUUGGCAUCGAUGCCUCGGCGACCGUGAAGCAGACCUUCGAUCAAAUUUUGCGCAUUGCGAAAGCGACGGGCGUCAAGAUUGGGCUGCAAGAGGGUGAUAUCACGGAGAGUGAUAUUAUUCUGGACGACAGGUAUCAUGCCGGUGUUUACGGAAUACCUGACGAGCAGACCAUCGACGCCAUCAAGUUUGGUGCUAAGACGGAAGCCUUUAUCACCGAUCCCGUCUAUGAAGGGAAGAGUUUGGCUGGAAUGAUGGAUAUGAUUCGAAAGGAGGAGAUUGCCGCUGGCAGCAAUGUACUAUACGCGCAUUUGGGAGGACAACUGGCCUUGAACGCAUACUCUUCCAUCCAGUAAUGACUAGUAGUGGAUGAAAAUAUUGACUAAAUCUCAACGAGCUCGUUCCGAUCAUGUUUCUACAUCCCACUCCCUUUAUACUUGCGAU